AUGUUCAGGAAUUUUGCAAUCGUCGGCAUUUUAGCUCUUGCCACUGCCAGUCCAACUCGUAACCUAGAUGGAAAGAUAGUCGGUGGUUAUGACAUCAAUAUUGAGGAAGUUCCCUACCAAGUUAGUCUCCGAAGUUACGAGUCUCAUAAUUGUGGAGGCAGCAUCAUCAGUGACAGACAUAUCCUUACAGCAGGACAUUGUGUUGGAGGAUCUCCUCAUCCAUAUUCAGUCAGAGUAGGUUCUACCCAACGACAGUCCGGUGGAAGCAUCCACCAGGCUGUAAAAGUAAUCUCGCACAACUUCACAAUUACGGCCGAAGGAGUGCCAAUCAAUGAUCUUGCUAUCCUUGAAGUCAGCCCACCUUUUGAAUUCAAUGAAAAAUGUGCACCAAUCCCUCUCUACGAUCUGAAGGAAAAGAUCAAACCGGAAACCAUUGCUUUGAUCAGUGGAUGGGGAAGGACAUCCACUGGCGGACUCCCUUCUCAUCUUCAAGCAGUCAAAGUUCCAAUAAUUAGCAAAGAAGAUUGCAAUGAAGCCUAUGACUUUUUGGCUUCCAUUCCUGAAGGGGAAAUUUGUGCUGCUUAUCCAAGUGGUGGUAAGGAUUCAUGUCAGGGUGAUUCAGGUGGUCCUCUUUCUGUUGAUGGAAGAUUAGCUGGUAUUGUCUCAUGGGGAAUAGGCUGUGGUGUUAAAGGAAAUCCCGGUGUUUACACUUCGGUUGCUUACUACGCAGAUUGGAUCCAGGAAAAAAUAUCCGCGUGA